AUGCCCAGUCUAAAGGAACUGUUGAAAAAGAAGGACAAGAUCGAUAGUAGCGAACAGCUGCCACCACAUAUGGUGCAAGCCAAUGAGUUUACCUUCGUCCGAACAGACACCCACACAGAAGAGUACAUCAAGCCCCCUGCCUUUGGCGGUGAUGACACUCAACACUCUAGAAAUGCUCCACGAAGUCCUUCCGCCUCGAGGAAAUCGUUCAGUCGCUUUCGUAAUAGUGUGAGCCCUGCUGCAUCAGAUACCUCGUCUCCUGAGAAGGAGAGGAAAGAAGGACACAGGAGGCUUUCACACGUUUUGCGCUUGAACAAAGAUCGCUCUGAUAGCACCAGUUCGGUCAAUCUGCCAGCCGACCUACCGACCAUUGACGAUGCCUACACCGAUUCAGGAGAUCGUCAGGAGAAGGAAGCCAGGUGGGAACAACGGGCCACCAUGCUCGCGAGCAAAAGCCCUGUAAUAGGCUCCCGACCUCCAACCGGUGACAUGGAAGGUCUGAGCAUUGGAGCACCUCCUUCACCUCGCCCUCGCAGUAUCAAUGAUCCCAUAAGCGAUGUCGACAUCCAGGAAGCCAUCCGCUUACAUGAGACGGGCGAGUUGGAGAGAGCCACUCAAAUGUUUCACAUCCUCGCACAGCAAGGCAACGUCCUUUCCCAGGUUCUCUAUGGGCUCUCUCUGCGGCACGGUUGGGGUUGUCAGCCAGAUCCUAAAGAGGCCGUGACUUACCUCUCAGCCGCAGCGUCAAAUUCGGCCACCAUUGAGUCUGACGCCUUGAAGGCUGGAAUGAAAAAGGGUGGUGCGGCAAAAGGCGAAUUGGUACUCGCCAUUUUCGAACUAGCAAAUUGCUUUAGAAAUGGAUGGGGUGUUCCUAUUGACAGAGUCGCAGCCAGACAAUAUUACGAGACUGCCGCAAAUUUGGGUGACACCGACGCUAUGAACGAGGCAGCUUGGUGCUAUUUGGAAGGCUUCGGCGGGAAAAAGGACAAGGUAAGACUCAGAUUUUUGAUUUCCUAUCUCGAUUCUUCCUAUUGCAUGACAUCUAUUGCACCCCGGGAACGACAGACACGAUAUGCACCUUGA